UACUACUUCGAGAAGGGAGGUCCUCCCUGAUGACCGUUGUUUUUAGAGGACGGCCAAAGACAUGAUUACCAUUUCAGUAAUAUGAUCUUAGUCAUCCGACCGCAUAGUUAGUGAGAAGAUUGCUUGUAUGUUCUGUAGGCUUCGCGUAGAUGCAGGGCAUGCAAGCAGUACUUAACGAACAAGUUGCAGCAUGGUUUUGAUAGUACAAAAUAAUAGCCUAACCCCAAUGCAGAUAACAAUUAAUAAUAGAGAAGGGCGCUGCGAUGAGUUGAGAUGUAUAUAUGAGAAGAAGAGCGCUUGCUGAUGGAUCCUCUUCCUUUACCAAGGAGAGGCGCCCUCGAGCAUUGUGCGGCUUCUCUCAGUUACGGAGGUGAAUACCCUCGAACUAUACGACCUAGUCCUAGCGAAGCGCCGCCCUUCAUGUUUAAGGUCGAUAGAAGGCACACAACAGCACUCCCAUAUCGAAAAGCGCGCUAAUUCAUUGUAGUGGAUCAGUAUGCUGGUCUCUAGAUAGACGCUCGCUGUCUGUUAUUUGAAUUCUUCCAAGCAUUUUCCAAGAACGAAGCUGAGUUUUCUAAACUGUGGCGAUCGUGUACUAUAUAGAGACUUGCAGACUUCCACUGCGUUGCGCUCUUUCUCACAAUAAGCAUGAGCAGACCAUAAUUUAAGAAUUUGCGUAUACUUUUGAUCAACGUUUCUCCAUGUUCAACACAAUCCUUUCCAUCUGUUUCAGACAUAGCCAGAAUUCUUUACACUUCUGAAGACCAUACUCGUGGGCAUUCUUUCUGAAAUCUAUGGGGGGACGCGAAUGCCCUCCAUGUGAAUAAACGAACCGCAGUCAUCAACCCUUUUGGGGGAACGGGCGGCGGUGACUUGUCACCAUUUGGGGUGUGGGAUCGCAUGUGCGCAUGUAGGAAGGUAGUAUGAACGUAGCUGAAUCGCUGAGAAUGCAUGGGCGCGCGCUUCUUUUUUGUUGUAGCAGACGCUCGCUCGUUCUCUCCCUGGUUUUGUAUUUCAGUCAGUCUGUGAACGUCAGUUUCCGACUACGUCGCGCGUCAAGUUUGUUAGGACAUUGUUUUGACCGUCGGAUAAUAUAGCAACUGCGCAGGGUAUUGGUGCGCUGCGCUGUUGUUCUCUUUAUAAGUCGUGGGCACGCCCUUCGGAAUCGAGCUGGGGCUCUUGAGUUUAAACCUGAACUGAUUUGAAUUAAUCAAAGGACAGGUAGUAACUAUUUCUUUGGGGUCCCCGUGCUGGAUCUGGGCCAGAAACCGAAUUCGGAGAUGUGGCUUGGUGAUGGUGCCUUCUCGUAGUACAUACGCAGUUGCGUCGCCGCUUGGUGACAUUGUGUUGUCGGUGCUUCUUCUAUCCUUGUUAGCAAGUUGGUUGUAGUGCGUGCUAGUGAGUGCCCUCGUUAAGCCGCCCCAAGGGCAACGUUGCUGAAAGUAAUCGAAGGUGUGCGAGCGGCUGCCUCGCUAGGACGUCCUCAGCGCCGUGCUUGGUAAUUCAUUGAUAGAGGAGUGGAAUAAAUAGGUCUUAGCAUUGCGUGCGAUUCGAAAGAAAGACGAGUGAGACAGUCAGGGGCAUAGCUUUUUGUUAGUGCGGUGCAGAAAGUGGCUGUGCUCGUAUUUUCGAGAUUCAGGGUUUUACUUUUGCAGGUUUUGCGAUUUGCGUACUUAUUGGAUGAGUUCACUUCUGUUAGAGUGGUCGACUGUUCGACGUUCGUUUAUUCAUCCGUGGUCAUGUUUGUAGCUCCCAUAUUUGGAUUGUCAGAGAACUGCAGAAACGCGCUCCAGUGUAGAGACUGAUCAACUAAAUUGGAGCACUUCUGACGAGGUUUCUCCAUUUGUUUGGCGUCGCUAUGGCAGUGCAGUGCUCUUUCUCAUAUUUAUUCUCCACAUAAGACCGCUUCGUGUGGUCUUAUGUGUUUUGUUAUCGCGUCUUUCUUGUCGAAGCUCGGGAACAAGAAGCACACACUUAGUAGUUUUGAUAAUAGUACUAGAAGUGCCAUGACGUCUUGCAGUGAUUUUGAGAACAAGGAACUAAUACACAUAUCUCUUAUUUACAAACUUCCUCACAUAUUAAUUUAUUACGAACAAGAAGACACUACCUCCUGGACCAACAGACGACGUGUCCACGCACAUGAAGCUAGGUCUCUCGUCGCUCUCCCUCUUAGCCGCGACACGUCGAGGAUACACGUCUUAGGCGUGUCCGGCUAUUUUUACUCUCUAGUAGUUGAAGCAGUAGUUAGUAGUAAGCCGUCACAUAUCAGAAGGCUCAUUUUGAAUUUCAUGAUUUAUGAUGUAGAAAGAAGUUAGUCCCUCGGUCCUUCUCUGGCCUAGUCUACUUAUUGCUCACCGGGCAACGAGUCAGGCCAGCCACCUCUACCAUCCCAAUAAGAGACAGAGUAAGUGCGCCACUUUCUAUUGAUGUAGCAUUAUUUUUCAAUCUUACGCUCUCCAUGAACCAAGUCAAUGUGUGGGGGGAUCGAUUGACAGAAGUAAUCUGCGUUGAGCUCAAUCUCUUCGAUCUAGCACUAUGCGACGCGUGAGCCUCUUUCUGCCUUGAUUUUCCGAAGGUGUUACCUUAAAGAACGAAGCUUUUGGGCACAGAGGAGAAGGACAGUCUAGAGCUGGAGGCAGUUCGCAUUUGUCAUAGUUCCAUUCUCCCCCUAGCUGUGGCAUUCCAGUUUGAUCAUUCAUGUCUGGCGUAUGUCUUUCACGGUAUUCGUUCUGGAGACGCAGUACAACCUAACAGCGCGAUGCCAUGACUGCUGUCGCAUGGUGGGAUGGUCAUGUAAAGCCAUCCCAGUGCACAGCCAUGCCUAGACAGUUUCGUCGAUGUUUGACACUUCAGGUUUAGCAGCUUCAUUCUUCGCGUGAGUACGGUUUUCUAGUUCUUUUCCCGAAGAGAGACGUGAACUUUGUCUCACAAAGAGAAAGUGCGAAGUAAUAAAUGACUUUGCUGCUUGUUUCUUCUGGUUUACCUUCGUACUAGGACACAACUUAGGCCGGUUUUUAUCUCAUGUAUCUAUAGCAUGGGGCAAAGGGCAUCCGGGUGAGAAGGAGGAUCUGUGGCCUCUACUCUGUCUUUCUCAGGUUGAACGGAUGCACGUGAUGUCAACUCAAUCAUUUAGAAUGCACUACCCAUUGCUAUCCCCACGGAGAAUGCCUGAUCAUCAGCGCCGUGAUAAGCUGUACCAGCAAAAACCUACCUUCUAGAAGCAGAAACCUUUGUUCCAGAAGCAGAAACCAUUCAGUCAUCUUUGGCACAAGCGUCGCGACGUUGAUGUGAUUCACUCAGUAGCAUUAGGCAAAGAAAAGAAAAAGUACUUUGGUAGUUGGUCGGACUACAUGCAGA